AUGCUCCAAAAUGCCGUUGACUCGAUGAACAACAUCAAGGCCAUCGGUGCAGAAGUAGAGGAAGAGGACAAAAAAAAUCUGAUCCUCGAGAUUCUAGGUAUAGUCCUCAUGGUAGUACCUAUCAUUGGAGAAGGUGGAGGGGCGCUUUUUGGUGGAAUUGCUAAUGUAGCUCGAAUUGCUACUUUAGUCGGCGAUGUUGGUAAUGCGGCUCUCACUGCCUACGACAUCGUGGAAGAUCCUUCAUCUGCUCCUUUCUCAAUCAUGGGUCUUCUCCUUGGAGGCCUAGGAAAGACAUCCAAAAACGAGGAGGAGGUUCUAGGCGAGGCGGCCGCUGCACGAAGAGGUUUAACGGAUGAUGAUUUGGCUCAAUUUGGGAAGGCUUUUGUAAAGAGCGAUUCUGACGUGCAAAGCAUUCUGAAGGCUUGUAUUAGUGGAGACUAG